AUGGGGGCUUAAUGAAAAGUAUGUUUAAAACCUGCUUAAAGGGUGCCGUUUUGAAAAGGUAAUUUUAUUUGAGCGUUCUUUCCCAUACAUACUUUCAAAGGCUAAUUGUUGAAGAAGGAAGUGGUCUUUGAAAGUAGAACUGUAUUCGUCUUUCAUUGGUCCGCGAGGAGGAAGUGAAAGGAUGUUACGACGUUAGCUUGGCUGGCUAAGUCCCAACAGAAAGACGUGCUAAAGUUUAUCUAAAAUGUGUGUUUGAUGUCGCAGACUCUCUACUGUAGUCUUCGUGAGGAAGUCGCUUCUAUGUCUUUGUUUUGAACCGCAGUGAUUAUUUCUAGGGGAAGUUUUCUGUACAAAAUCUAAUUAGCCUUUUCUUUUUAAUAAACUGAAUUGACUGUUAGCCACCGUGGAGCUAAAGCAGCUAACUGCAGAGACUUCUAUCAAUGUUUGCGACGUUAAAGCUUUCAAAGCUUUAUGAUUUAGUGCUACAGGACCAGAGUUUCUAAGACAGUGAGGGAAAGCCCACGUCGUCUGUGGACACCUCCUCUAAACCUAGUUGCUCAGCUGAGGACCUAGUCUGGGGAUACUUACGGAGUGGAACCAGAACUUCUGACCAAGUGUCAGGCAGCAGAAAAACAAAAGAUACAGGUUAUAUGGCGGAAACCUCGAGCUACAGGAACAGGUGAAACAAGGAUUGUGAAAAGCAGAAGUAAAGCGAGAAUCUCUGAAAUGAUGAAGGUUAAAGCAGAAGACCCUGGAGGGCUCAGUCUGAUGCCCCUCAUACCUGCAGCAUCAACAUCAGAACUGGAUCAGACACAAGACAGCAAAGAUCUCAUGUUCUCAGUCUGUCAGAUGUUGGUGAAGAAUGAAGAGGUUCCUCAUGACCACAAACACAUAAAGGAGGAAGAGGAGGAACUGUGGAUCAGUCAGGAGGAAGAGCAGCUAACUGCAAAGAGUGAAGAUGAAGAGAAACCUCCGUUAUCAGAGCUUCAUCACAUCAAAACUGAAGACAACAGAGAGAUUGAAGCUCCAACCACCAGCUCAGCAGAACACGUAGAAGCAGAACCUCAUGAAGAGGACUUUGGAAGAUCAGAACGAGACAGGAACCCAGAUCCAUUAUGUUCCUGUAAACACAGUAGGAUAACUUUUCACAAAAAGGGUAAAACAUUGAAACUGUGUUCCAAACCUGCGACUCAGAUUAGUGUAAAAGAAGCAACGUUUCGUUCCAAUGUUUGUUGUGAGAGAUUCAAGCAGAAAACUCCUGAUGCAAAGAGAGAGCACAGCUCUGAUCUUUGUAACGGGUUUAAAGAAAGGACUUCUCUACAGACACACAUAAUACUCCAUCCAGGAGGAGCACCAUUUGCUUGUGAUGAUUGUGGUAGGCUUCAUGCAGAAACAUUGUUUAAACAGAACCUGGAGGACCAGUCAGAAGAAAAACCUUUUUCCUGUAAUGUCUGUGGAACUAGAUUUAAAAGAAAGCACCAUCUCAAAAGCCACAUGUGGAUCCACACCGCAGAUAGACCAUUUGUUUGUAGUGUUUGCAGUAAAGGAUUUUCACAACAAAUGCGUCUAAAGAGUCACAUGCGUGUUCACACAGGAGAAAAACCUUUCAUUUGCAGCAUUUGCAGUAAAGGAUUUGCAUUACAAGAGAACCUAAAAAGACACAUGCGUGUUCACCAAGGAGGGAAAAGGUUUAUUUGUAGAGUUUGUGGUAAAGGAUUUUCACUCCAGCAGACUCUAAAGAGACACAUGCAUGUUCACACAGAAGAGGCACCUCUCAUUUGUAGUUAUUGUAAUAAAGGUUUUCAUCAACGCUGGUUACUGAAGAAACACCUGCAGGUUCAUACAAGGGAGAAACAGUUUAUCUGUACUGUUUGCAGUAAAGGAUUUUUAUUCCAAGAAAAUUUAAAGAAACACCUGCGUGUCCACACAGGACAGAAACGCUUCAUUUGUAGUGUUUGCAGUAAAGGAUUUUCAAUCAAAUAUAAUCUAGACAGACACAUGUUUGUCCACACAAGAGAGAAAUUGUUUAUUUGUAGUGUUUGCAGUAAAGGAUUUUCAGAACAUCAUCAUCUGAAAAGGCACAUGAAGGUUCACAACGGACCAUUCAGCUGUAGUGAUUGUAGUAAAUGUUUUGCGAAUGAAAUCCAGCUACAGCGACAUGUGAAACUCCACACAGUGGAGAGGCCAUUCGCUUGUGAUGUCUGUAAAAGCAGAUUUAUUCAAAAGUGUCAUCUAGAAAAACACAUGAAAGUCCAUACUGGAGAGAAACAGUUUAUUUGUAGUGUUUGCAGUAAAGCAUUUUCCCUAAAAGAUCGUCUAAAGAGACACAUGAGUGUUCACACAAGAGACACUGAAGAUCAUUUUCAUAAUAUGAAAAUCUGAAGAGACACAUGGGUUCUAAUUUCUCUGUUGCCGUUUAUGUUGUUGUUUUUCAGAGGUUAUAUUCAUCCAUCUCUGCUUUUUGUGGUCAAACCUCUGCUUUUAUUGCUGGUUCAUGUUUUCUGCAGCUGUCUUUAUCUGUGAUUUUCAUCCUGGUGUCUCUACAUUAUCUCAUAAAUUCCACAGUUAAUUUAAAUUAUUGUUAAUUUAUGAAAUUAUUUUUCUAUUGCUUUGAUCACCUCUUGUUCAGAAUCCAAACGGCUAAAGGCAAAUCAAACCUGAACUGUGUUAUCCCACAGAUAUGUCCUGUACUAAAGACGUUUCAGCAUUGAGUUGCUGUGCUCCUCAGCAUUGAGUUGCUGUGCUCCUCAGCUCCUCAACAUUUAGUUGCUGUGCUCCUCAGCAUUUAGUUGCUGUGCUCCUCAGCUCCUCAACAUUUAGUUGCUGUGCUCCUCAGCAUUUAGUUGCUGUGCUCCUCAGCAUUUAGUUGCUGUGCUCCUCAGCAUUUAGUUGCUGUGCUCCUUGGCAUUUAGUUGCUGUGCUCCUCAGCUCCUUGGCAUUUAGUUGCUGUGCUCCUUGGCAUUUAGUUGCUGUGCUCCUCAGCUCCUUGGCAUUUAGUUGCUGUGCUCCUCAGCAUUUAGUUGCUGUGCU